AUGUAUUCAGAAGAAGUUCUAAGUGGCGUUCAAGACCAAUGGAUGGAAGAUAUCAGAAAUAAUCCAGCAUUCUUAAUGAUCAACAAUCCAAAACCAAUGGCUAAAGUCUCACCACCUCGAUUGUCAUGUGAUGAGUAUCUUCAUUGCUUUAAUCAAUUCAAUGCAGAACAUGAAAAAUAUCUUCCUUUGAUUGGAGCACCAAAUUAUGCGCCUGAAAUAUCACCAAUGAAAACAAAAGCCAGUACAUCGAGAAAGUCAUUUGGAAAUCAACUGGAAGCAAAAAACUACCCACCGAUUAGCCCAUUGUCAUGUGAUGCGUAUCUUCAUUGCUUUAAUCAAUUCAAUGCAGAACAUGAAAAAUAUCUUCCUUUGAUUGGAGCACCAAAUUAUGCGCCUGAAAUAUCACCAAUGAAAACAAAAGCCAGUACAUCGAGAAAGUCAUUUGGAAAUCAACUGGAAGCAAAAAACUACCCACCGAUUAGCCCAUUGUCAUGUGAUGCGUAUCUUCAUUGCUUUAAUCAAUUCAAUGCAGAACAUGAAAAAUAUCUUCCUUUGAUUGGAGCACCAAAUUAUGCGCCUGAAAUAUCACCANUUACCAGUAAAAUGUUUGUAAAUAUUGAAAAUAAAAGAAACUUGUCCAAAAUUAUUGCAACUUAA